ACCUCUUUUCGUGACCCCAUAUUCACGCAAUCAUCCAUCUGGUACCGGUCGCUUUUGUUUGCAUCGGCUCGCCAGCAUGGCUUCCCCUUCACUCGUGCUGGCACUUGUCACACUAUGUGCAUAUGCACUGUACAAGUUCUGGGCCUCAUCUCGCAGCAAUAAAAUCCCCAAAGGCCUGAAGCCCCUGCCGGGCCCAAAAGGCUACCCAAUCAUUGGUGUCGUACCUGAAGUUCCUGAGAAGAAUGGUUUUAUCAAGUUUGCCGACUGGGGCAAGGAGUAUGGCCCCAUCUACCAAUGUGAUCUCGCUGGACACAACCACGUCUGGGUAUUGACGGACCAAAUCGCAAAGGACCUGUUAUCCAAGAAGGCUGCCAUCUACUCUGACCGACCCCACAUUCCCUCUCUGAUCUCCGACAACCGCUCGAGCGCGCAGUACCUUCCAUUGCUCAGCCGAAAUGAUGGUCACACCCGCCAGAGGAAGUUUGCCAACAUCAUCAUGCGCGAGUCGGAAAAGGCCUCUUUUCACGGAUACCCUGCGCUCGAGGCCAAGCGUAUGCUUGCAGAGCUUCUCGACGAACCGGACCAGUACAACCACAUCAUGGAAUCCUUCAUCUCACGUGUCACUUGCCGUCUUGCUUGGGGCCAUAGCGAAGGCAGCGACGAACUCAAGCAGCGCGCACGCGAGCUUCUCAUUGGCGUUUCCCCUACGGGCUCUCUGAGCAACAAGCUUCCCUUCCUCAUGGCACUCCCCGACUGGCUCUCCCCACCCAAGGCAUGGGAAAGACGUCGUGCAACCACUGAGCGCACAUGGUUUCAAAUCAUGCAGGACCAGGUUGUAGAGGACAUGAAGACUGGACAAGCAGCACCAUCGUGGAUGAAGACCUUCCUUGAUGCUCCUAGCAAAUGGGGCUUCAAAUAUGAUGCUGAAGGUGCUUACGCUGUCGGCAUGCACGGAAUCGCAGGAGCUCUCACUAUUGCAGCUCCUAUUCAGACAUUCUGUUUGGCCAUGGUCCACUACCCGCAAUUCUUGCCUAUGCUACACGAGGAAAUUGAUCGUGUCUGCGGUGACAGACCACCCCUUCCAGAAGACCGUCCCAACAUGCCCUUCCUUCGAGCCAUCAUCCGUGAAUGCAUUCGCUGGCGCCCACCCGUCCCUACCGGCAUCCCCCACUACCUGACUCAAGACGACGAAUACAACGGUUACCACAUUCCCAAGGGCAGCACUAUCCAUCCUCUAGAAUGGGCCAUCUCUCGUGAUCCCGAUCUGUACCCAGACCCUGAGGCCUUUAACCCUCUCCGAUGGGUCAAGCCAGAGUACCCAACCUACCAAGAGCCUCUUACCCAGUUCCCGACAAUUAUCAACUCGACUCAAUUUGGCUACGGACGAAGGACUUGCACCGGUCAAACGGUAGCUGAUGAGGACAUGUUUAUCGGAAUUGGUUCCAUCGCCUGGUUGUUUGAUAUCAAGAAGCGCUCAGAAGACUCUGCCGUCCCGGCAUCCAAGGAACCGGCCAAGGGAGACCACGUCUACGGCAAUGAGAAGGCAUCCAUAUCCAGCGAAGAGCUCAACGCAGGCAUCGACAAAAAGGAGCCUACAAUGGAAGACAAGAUCCUGUCCAAGUUCACAUAUCCUGGAUCUGAGCCCGCCAGCAAGACGCCAGCAAAGAAGUCGAAACCAGCAUACAAGCCAAUGGAGUGGGGUGACAUCACCCAGAAGCCGGAAGACCCGACACUUGAUUACUCCAUCUUACUCAUCGCAAAGCCUAUACCUUUUGAAUUUGAUCUCAAGCCUCGCAACACCAAAAGGGUGAGCAAGGUUCGUGACAUGUUCAAGGCGGGUGUUGAAAAUGGCGACUUCCCCGAGUCUCGUGAGUACUGGGGACCGGACCAAGGCCGUAAUAAGCCUGUGGGGUGGAGCAAGGUGUAACACGUCGUUGGCAAGAUUGCAAGGGUGUGGGGAUCCGAUGCUUACCCUACAUGGGGGGUUCAAGGCUGGCUGUAACAACACAUAGUUUUCCUUUGUGAUGGUUCAUUUGUACUCGGGUUGAAUUAUAUUGUUGCACAUCUCGCCUGGAGGGCCGAGGCGUUUGCGGUUCGCGGGCUGAACUUGGAAUCACUCUUUGUAGUUCAUUUGUAAAUGUUCAUUUCCUUUCCUAGCUAGGUCACAGAUACAGCUCUGUAUUACAAUUUUUUCGUAUCGAC